CUAUUAUAAUCGUGCCCGUGUCUGGGCCGCCGCCACCGUUUGGGAAUGACGGGCUCGGCAGUUUUAGGGCUAAGUAUUUUGCGGGGUAUAAGCCGUCCUUGUUGUUGCAGAAAAGGAGACGCGUCAGCAAUACGGAUUCCGCGUAUCAGUGUUAGUAAGGAGGAGUAAGGUUGCUGGCGUCAAUUGCUAGGGUGGGGUUUAGUCCGUAAGGCUGAUUAGCAGGUAAACGCAACAGUUAUGACGGGGAUUGCGCUUCGAGAUGCUAGUAGCUAGGGUGGCUCGUAGGCGUCAGUUAAGAUUUACUGUUAUAGGCAUUUAGGCAACAGGGGAUGUACUGCACUAUAAGAAAAACUUGUUGGUUGGUUGGUUAGAAGGGGAUAACAACACGGGGAAGGAGUGGCCCUUCUAUCCAACACGAUUAGCGCCUCGCCGGGCCUAAACCCGAAGGUCCAACCAACACUACGAUCUCUAUUAUAAGACAAGUAGUAUUAUUUGCGAGGUGUAUUUUCGAACCAUCAUCAUGCAAAGAGUUACUAUAUUGUACCUACCCCUCAUGUAAUGUCACAAUAUCGCAGCAAGUUGCAAAUUACCACUAUACUCACCAAGUACGUCGGAUCGUGCUACUAGACCUAUCUUCCACCAAUGCAGUCCACAUCAGGAUGGAUCCAGACACUCAUCAACCACCAACCACACCCCAUUCCUUCCCAGAACUCCACAUCAUCGAGCCCAUCUCACCACACACACACACCGCCAUCCUCCUCCAUGGCCGUGGCAGCAACGGUCCCGAAUUCGCAGAAGAGCUCAUGGAGGAGUCCAAGCUCCCCGGCCAGCCAACUCUAGCUGAAAAACUUCCCAGCUGGCGCUUUGUCUUCCCUUCCUCGCGGGAAUUAUGGAGCACCCUCUUUGAAGAGGAUAUGCCGGCGUGGUUCGAGGCGCACUCGCUCAGCGACAUCACCUCCCGGCAGGAACUGCAGGAGCCCGGGAUCGUCGAGGCGGUGGGGUAUCUGAGUUCUGUGCUUGACUAUGAGAUCGUGCGGAUAGGUGGAGAUGCGGGGAAAGUGGUGUUGGGCGGGAUUAGCCAGGGUGCAGCAGUGGGGAUGUGGACGUUGCUUUGUGGUGAGAAGAGGGAGACGUUGGGGGGGUUCGUGGGCGCUAGCACGUGGUUACCGUUCGCUGGACAUAUUGGGGAGUAUGUGGGGAAGGGCGGGGAGGACAGUCCCGGGAGGGAUUUUGUGGAGAGUAAGAUGUCGCAUUUGAGACACCUCGUUGCAAGCCCACGUGAGUUUAGAGGGGUGUUGAAUACGCCGGUGUUCCUGGGGCACGGUAUUGAUGAUGAGAUGGUCGAUAUUGAGCUCGGCCGACAGGCGAGGAAGGUGUUGGAGCAGCUGGGAAUGGAAGUUGAGGGGAAGGAGUAUCAAGGAGCGGAACUGAAUGGGCAUUGGGUUAAGGUGCCGGAGGAGAUGGAUGAUAUUGAGCGGUUUUUGAGGGCUGUUGAAUCGAAGAACGGGUCGAAUUAA